AUGACUAGUAACUUUGGUUGGGAAAAUAAUGAAAAAAAGACAAGUGACGAACCGGAAAAAAUUGAAAUAAAAAAAUUGCCACCUGAAAAAUUAUUAGAAUAUGAAAGAAAAAGCGAAACGGCAAUAUUUAAACAAACAUUGGUAUUUGGCAUUCAUUUUAAACAAUGCGAAGAAAUUGUCGAAGCUGCUUAUCGUGUAGCCGAUUAUGUACCUGAUAAAUUAACAACUAUAAAUGGCAAAGCUAAUGAUGAAAAAGAUAUAUGGAAUGAUACGAUUAUUCCAAUAUUAGUUGAUACUCUUAAACAGGACGUCGAAUUUCGUGGUGUAGUUACUGAAUGUUUUGCAGCUGUACGAAGUUUGACUAUAACCAUACAAAAAGCCUACGACAUUGUUAAUGAUAGUCAAGGAAGUAGUAUUGCUAUUAAAAUUGCUAAGAAAAACAUACCUAAAGCUUUAGAAAGAUUGGAUAGCUGUAUUGAAAAAGCUAUGCAAUUAGAUGCCAGUGCGGUUACAAAAUUUGGUGAACAAAUUAAAACAAUCUUAAACAUUAUUGGUCCUGAAGCUGCUAAAUUUAUGGAAGAAAUUGUUAACUUGCAAACUGAGAUAAAUAAGUGUUAUGAAGAACGUGAUAAAUUAUUGGAUACUGUUGCUGAAUUAAAAGGUCAAUGUGAACAAUGUAAACAACUAAUAGAUGCUACGAAUAAUUAUUUAAAAAGUUUACACACAGAAGUUGAGAGUAUAGAUAUACUGAAUAAACAAAUGGAACAAACAAAAUUAGAUGUAUUGGAUGUGAUUAAAAAUAUUCCAGAUAGAGUCAAAGUUCCUAAACAACAAUCUAAAUCUUUCAAAAUAUUUAGUUUCACAUUGUGGGAAGAAAAUUUCGGUUCUAUUAAAUAUUUUGAAGAUUAUAAUCCACAUAAAGAAUCGGAAUCAAAACAUUAUGAAAAUCUUAUUCGUAUGCAUGCCGAACAAAUAAUGGCCAAUGAUGAUAAAAAUAAAUCAAAAAAAGAUUUAAUUAUGCAAUUAGAAAAUCAGAAAUCUAAUUAUAUUAAGGAAUUAAAUGAAAUUAGUCAAAAAUUGGUAGCACAAGAUUUGCAGAAGCGAAUUGAAAAUAUUGACAAGAAAAUUGAAAAGUUGUCAAAACAAAUUGAAACAUACGAUAAUAAUGCUAAAAUAAUAUCUGAUAAAUAUAAGCUACCAAAUAAUAAAUUGCUUGAAUGUCUAAUAAAUGUACGAUUGUUUGCCAAAACAAUUAAGCCUGGUGCUUCAGCUUAUUCACCAUUGUGUGCUAUACUAAUAGAUAUUAAAUCAAUUGUUGAAACAUAUGUCGAUUAUUUGAGCUUGGGCGAAAAAAAAUCGGAAAUAUUUAUGGCUGGUCAAUAUUUGAUGCGUCAAGUUGAAUUUUUAUCAAACUAUAAUUCACUGGCAAUCGAUAUAUUUGUAUCGUCUGAACAAUAUAAUGAUUUUAUUAAAAAAUUGAACACAACUGUUACAACAAUGGCUAUUGACUAUUAA